UAACACCUCUUAUAUCAUCCUAUUUACCACCCAGACCCACUGCACCAAGUGACUCACCUAUCUAAUGCUAUCUUCUACUGGUUUCGGAAAAAGCCGAAGAAGAACGAUACAUCAGUCACACAAAGAAUGCGAACGGCGGGUGGGUAGGGAAGGCCCACAAAAAGGGAGAAGGGAAGAGGGAGCAUCGGCUCGCGCGGGCGGGGGACCAUGGUCCAGACCACCAUAGCUGCGUUCUUGGGAGGUGGUCGGGGGAAAAGGCGACGGGAAGAGGGGUCGGAACAUGCAGGAGGGGAGGGAGAGAAGGGGGGAGAAGCGAAGCCAGGGGAGGGGGAGGGGGAUGAUGAUGACAGGCGAGCGUUCCCAGGUCGCGAUCCCGACUUGGAGGCAGGCCCUGUGCCGCCGCCGGUCGUGCAACCCGACCGGAAGAGGAACAAGCCUUGCCCGUCCGCCUUCGAUGAGGACAAGGUUGUUAACCACGCAGCUCCUGGCUCGGGAUCGGGAUCGGGAUCGGGAUCGGGUUCGGGGUUGGGAUUGGGAUCGGGAAGGAGGUUGAGAUCGGGAUCUCUCGAGUCCAGCUUGCUCGCAAAUGAUAGAUCAAGAGCGGCGUCACAACGACGAGGAGGAGGAGGAGGAGGAGGAGGAGGAGGAGGAGGUGGCGAGGCAGGAGAGAGAGAGGGGGGAGAGGGAGGAGAAAAAGAUCCAGCAGAAGGGUUAGGAGGGGGAGGGAAGACAGUGCGCAGUCGCGAUCUGGGGUGGGACGACGUUGCGCACGCCGGAGGGGUGGGGCGAGAGGACAAAAAGGCUGACGGGAUCGGGAUUGGGAUCGAAAGCGGGAUUCGGACAGGGGUUGAGAAUGCGAAUGUUCCCGAAGGUGGGGUUGGCGUUGAGGUCGAGAUCGGGACUUGCAGUGGCAGUGGGGAAGGGGUCGUCGGAGGUCAAGCGAAUGCAUUUAGUCCUGAUCCCGUCAAUGUGCUGAACAAAGAGCAGAGAAGGCGUAUCGAGGUGAACCAGAUGACGGCUAUGGCGACGCGCGCCAUGAAGAUCGCCAAACAGCGCGUCGAAGAAUCCUUAGGCAUCCCUGAGGCGGUUGAAAUGAGCAGAACAAGUGCUGAAGAGGAAGAGGUUUCACAAAGCCACAGAUUUAGUAAUGAUUCGGCGAACUCGAGGGUGGAAUCCAUGGAGUGGAAGUCUGCAAAGAUUGGAACGCAAUUGGCAUCACAGAUCUGUGUCCCGUGUCCAUGUUCAUGGGUCGGAUCGAAGCCUGAUAUGGCGAAACUAAAACUGAUGAUACAUGCCGCUUUAAAGAAGGGUGGUCCUAACGCCGAAUACAUAUUGAAGUAUGAGAAUACGGGCAAGGCGGCCUGCUGGGCAAAGUUUGCCCAUGUGUACAGAUCUGAUGGAUCAGUUGUGAAAGAGCAAAACACUGGUUAUGUUGCCUGUAAACAAUGUUUUACUGUUUAUGCAUACAGCACUUUGAAUGGCACAAGAUCUUUGAAUCAACACAAGUGCCAAGCUGAAAGUGCAGAAGCGGCAAACAUGCGCAUCUUUGCAACCAAAAAGCUUGAACCAAGUGCUGGACAAAAAAGGAAGGUUGCAAAUGCCGCAGCGCUGAUGUGCUGUGUCGAUCUGCUCCCGUUUUCAACGCUAGGUGACGAGGGUUUUCACAUGUUUUUGCAACUGAUUCUCGACAUAGGCAUUAGUGUAGACAAAGGCAUGGACAUCGGAAGUUUUCUGCCAUCCGCAAACACACUGAGUCGACAGGUUACCUCAACUGCAGUGUCUGUUAGGGGGACUGUGAAGCAAAGAGUGAGGGAGCACUUUGAGGAAAACAUUUCUGCUGGAUUUACUAUAGAUCUGUGGACGGAUGUGAUCAAGCAGAAUUCUUUUAUGUCCAUUAUGUCAGGGGGUGAGGGGAUCGGAAGUCUGUACAAAUGGCAGGCUUGUGCAGGCCACAAGAUUGACACAAUCCUCACCACAGGUCUGAACAAAACUACGACAGUCAGCGAUGGGGAAAGAUCGGCUCGUUUUGACGGAUUCAAAGAACAUGCGGCUGAAGUUUUUGAGUUGAUUGACAAUUGCAAAGACCUCGUGCGUUAUGUCAAGCAGGAGGACUUACAGAAAUCCUUUGGAACGAUGUUAAUACAUGAGAACGCAACAAAGUGGAACUCGUUGUUGGAAGUACUGGACAGCGUGAAUGCAACAAAGUGGAACUCUUUGUUGGACGUACUCGACUGCAUCAUCGCCAGCUAUACCGAGUUGUCAUAUCUUCUAAGGGAUAGACCAGGAAAUGGAAACAUUCUGAUUGACAAGAUUGAUUAUGAACUGUUAGUUGAACUCGCUAGAUUUCUGAACCGUUUUGUGGAGGCUGCACUCAAGCUGGAGAAAUAUCUGCAGCCAACUCUGCACCUUGUGGUUUUUGAGCGCCAUGCCAUCUGGGAGCGUUGUCGGGUACGUACUGAGUCCUGCCAGUCUGUGGACAACUCGGGAAACGAGAUAACUAUUCUGCCAGAUUCGAAGAGCAUCAGCUCCAUCAAGGAACUGAUUCGGGAUGUCCUGAACGAGAAGUGGCCACUGGAAGAUUUACAUGUUGUUGCAGCUUUUCUCGAUCCGCGGCAAAAGGGCCGUCUCGAAUUGUUUGGUGGCCCUCCGUCUGAAAUUGAGCGAGCGAAGUCUUCUUUGAAGACUAUUAUGCACAACAUUGGUGUUGCUGUGGCAGCAUGUGAUGAUGUUGUUGACAACAGCAAAUCUGUUCUUGAUCCUGAGCCGGCAAGGCCAGCGAAGAAACGCAACGUAAGAACGGGAAGGCGGCACGUUUGCUUACAUAGCUCCGACGAGGAUGACGAUGAAAGUGAUUGCGGUCUGGGCCGUGUUGUUGUGUUGACGUUAAUGGAGAGAAUUGAGGAGGAGUUUGAGUUGUAUCGUAAUUUGAAGCUGACCAAAGGGGUGAAGAAGACAAUGGACGUUUUACGGUGGUGGAAAGGGAAGGGGACUCCCCAGAGAACUUCAGAGGACAACCUUUUGCAGCCCCUGUUGCCACUCAUGGCCAAGGCAGCACGAGCAGUGUUGUGUGUACCUGCUUCGAGUUCCUUGAGUGAGCGGAAUUUCUCAGAUGCAAGCAACGCCGUUAAGGACAGACGGAAUAUGUUACGUCCGUCGGUUAUCAAUUAUGUCUUGCUCUUGAGAUCCAAUAGGGAUUUGAUUGGCUGCGGUCUUCAACCCCUGAAUACCAUGCCUGGACAUUAUAGCUUGCCUGGUCAUUAUAGCUGUCGCGGUGAAAGGUUUCCGCGAUUGGUAAGCUUACUGGUUGAUCAGAGCUGGGCAGAAGUGAUGAAGGACGAGUUCCGUAAACCGUACAUGGAGAGGCUAGAGCAGUUCGUAGGAGAUGAAGCCUGCGCAAAGGCUGCCAUUUAUCCACCGACAGAGAUGAUCUUCAGAGCCUUCAACACCUGUCCAUUUGACAAAGUCAGGGUUGUUAUAAUUGGUCAGGACCCAUACCAUGGUGCCGGACAGGCCAUAGGCCUCUGUUUCGCUGUCCCGGAGACGGCAAAGAUCCCCCCGAGUUUGCAAAACAUAUACAAGGAGCUUCACACAGAUGUUGGUUUCAAAAUUCCCAAACAUGGGAAUCUGGAGAGAUGGUGCGCUCAGGGAGUGCUAUUACUCAACACUGUACUGACAGUCCGCGAAAGUCAAGCCAACUCGCAUGCAAAGAGAGGUUGGGAGGUGUUCACCGACGACGCAAUUCGUAAGCUUUCACAGAAGCGGGACGGAGUUGUUUUUCUCUUAUGGGGAAGACCUGCUCAGGAGAAGACAAGGCUGAUCAACACGGUGGCGCAUCAUGUCCUGAAGGCAGCACACCCCUCGGGACUAUCUGCGCACAAAGGCUUCUUCGGUUGCAGGCAUUUUUCACAGACAAAUAAAAUUCUGGAAGAUGCAGGGCAUGCACCCAUAGACUGGCAAUUGUGAUUGUCAGUCUAGUUGUGAUGAACAUGAGUGGGAGAGAGAGUGAGAGAGAGAGAUUACUAUCAUCUUUGGGAAGAACCAGGGAGCCUAAGACAUAUCCAGACGUCUCUUUUACGGGACUUCUUAGGUUUUUCAACUUUUUUCUGUUCAUCUUGCAUCUUUUUUUGUAAUCUAUCAAAGAACUAUGGUGUUGCUUUCAUAUGCUGAAGGUGGCAGUUCUCUACUUAUCAGUGUUUUCAAUUUUUAAAUUUGAAUUAUGUACCUUUCAGGGUGAUAUAAGUGGGGGCAAACGCGUAUAAGAAGGGAGCCCUUUUUUUUUUUUUUUUUUUUUUGGCCUUUGUAGAUUACGUUUGAAAAAAAGCUAUGUAUUUUCUGUCGAAGUCAUUAAAUUCUUUGGAUGUUGAUGAUCAUGCUCCUGAGGCCAAAAAAAAAAAGGUAGAGAUUUUCUUUCACAGUGGAAAAGUUUUCCUUUUGACGUCGAUGAUCAUGUUCCUGAGGAAAUCAAAACUUUACUUUAUA